AUGGUCUUCGCAGGUGAGGAGCACAUUGACCUCGAUGAGACUCGGGCUCUUUGGGAACCGCAUUCCAAAGGCACACCCUAUGAUCUAUCCAAAGCUGCCACCGAAAAGCUCGUCCCCGAGGCAAAUUGUGGAGACCUCCGCACUCUCGUUGUUUCGCGUCGUGUGCGAACGCACACCUACAACAUCGACAAGGCAAGGCAAGCGCUAGGCUACAAUCCUGUGCCCGAACUGGAGAAUGGGGAAUAA